GCGCUCGCCCGCCAGGGCAGCGCCAUGGCGACGCUCCCGCCCGGAGCGUUCGCCUUCGUCCAGUAUGAUGAUCCAGCGGACACUGGGCUCUGGCACGAACGUCUGAUCAUGGGCUGGAUCUCGGGCGCUGAGUACGUUGUGAUGACUCCCGAUGGGGGCGUCUUCAUCGAGCAGCUCGACUCGGCCAACCGCGACCUCUCGGGCGUGCGCUUCUCGCCCGUGACGGGCGGCCUCCCCGCGGGAUUUGCGGGCGCGAGGCUCUACAGGUUCGCGGCCCAGCCUGCCGGCGCUGACCUCGCGGCCCUGCUCGCCGAGGGAGCCUCUCACGCUCGCGUGGAGCGUCAGGCGAGGGGCCUGGCUCAGCCCCCGGGCGCGGGCGCGGCGGGCGGCCCUGGGGGCGUCGCCCCGGUCGUGGCCCCUGCGCCCUUGCCGGCGGCGCCGCCGCCGGCCGCGCCAGGGGCCCCGCCGCCGCCACCGCCCGCCCCGAGGUUGGCGCCAGCUAGCGGAUGCUGGGUCUUCGACGUGCCGGGGGCCACUCACUCGGUCGGGCAAGAGUUCAUGUAUCCCGCCGGUGCCUUGGACUUCGGCGGCCGGGUGUUUGUGACCGUCGGGGGUGGCAUCACAACAGGCCCCUUCGUCGCCGCCGACGCUGACUUGGACGCGCGGGCGGCGGAGCGGCAGCUCUUCCUGAUGCGUGGCGAGCCCCGCCUCCUGCCGCGCCGACAGCCCGCUGAGCCCGCCCCCUUCACCAGCGACGCUCUGCUGCUGCGCAAGGAUGCUCGCAUGGAGAUCCGCCUGAAGGGCGGGUUCAUGGCCUCGCACGAGCGCUGCCUGGUGGAGAGCCGCGUGCCAGCGUCCAGCCGUUCGGCUCACGAGCACAAGGUGGUCUCGAAGGCGCUCGAGCUGGCGCACGCCGUGGACUGGGUCAACUUGGCGAAUCUGACCUGCAUGGAGCACCUCAACCGGCGGCGCCAGCUCCUGGAGGAGGCGCGCAAGUCCGACCCGGACAAGCCGAAUUUCGAAGGGACCCACUACUUCUUGGGUGAGGAUAACACAGGGUCGGGCACGUUGGCCGCUCCGAGUCUGCGCUCGCACGUCGCGGGCGAGUUCGCGAAGGAUGCUGCCAUCGAGAAGCCGCCCGGCUGCAGGCCGCCGCCGGGUCAUGUGCGACCGCCAGGCUGCUUGAGCGACCUCUCCCCCCUCCCGCUGCUCGACAAGCAGGAGGCCGAUUUUGCCGGCGCUGGCCGCGCCCGCUCUGGGCAGCGCCGGAGAUGCAUCUGUCGGGACGUGCCGAGUGAUGUGAAUGACUCGCUGACGGGCCUCAAUGCUCUAUAUGGCUGCGAGCGCUCCUCGGUCAGUGCGCCCACCGUGGCGCAGAGAAUAACACGGCGGCGGCUGCCCCGCGCUGCUCGCACGGCCCGGCAAGAUUUUCCCGACGUUUUCAACAUGAGCCCCCGUGAAGUUGCUAGUGAGCUUCUGGGAUCGCGCCUAGACUACCAGGGCUCGGUGACUUCGGUUGUUCCGCAUUGCGCCGACGCCCUUUCAUUGCCCCCUGCAGGACGCCAGCCCGUCAGUCUCCGAGGCUUCCUUGACUCGGACGCCGCGCACACGCCAUCGCAUUUUCAAGAACUCUUGGCAGAGCCCGAGGUCAGACAGGCUCGCCGGGAGGGGGGCCCGGUCCGCCCCUACAUGGAUGAGGUGCUGAAGAAAGAUCGAUCCCAGUACGUGCGUUUUUGGGGGCAGCUCGCGAGCAGUAGUGUGCUCACCACCACCUCGACUAGGAAGGCGUCUGUCACUCCGUUCUUUGUAGCUAAGAAAACCGAUAAGAUCCGACUCGCGUUUGAUUGUCGCGAGGCAAACCAGCAUUUAAAACACCCCCCUUUCACCGAGAUAGCCGCGGCGGAGAGCCUCAGCGCGUUAGGGGCACCUGAGGGCAGGCAGUUGUACAGCGCAUGUGCGGAUAUACAGUGCGCCUUCUAUCAGCGCGGUGACAUCGGUGAUCUGCGUCAGUACUUCUGCCUCCCGAAGGUCAGCCGAGCCGAGGCUCUCCGCGCAGGCAUCCCAGUGAAGGAUCCGAAUUACUCGAGCGACUUCGUCUACCCGGCGACGCAG